CUUCGUCACCAUGGGGCUCUGGAGGAAGGCGCUGACGUCCAUGAACGCGACGCUUCUGAGCUCCAAGCAGUCGUUUGGUUUCCAGCUUAAGCUGCAGCCCGAGAAGGACAUUUAUCUAUUCAACGCCAAGGAAUCUGUUGCCAAUUGGACUGCAUCCAGUGACAGAUCGAUUGGAGGCCUGUCCGAGUGUAGGUGGGGAUUCUACAAAGGCGAACGAGAAAAAGAGGUUACAGACGAGGUGCAGGUCUCUAAGAGACUUAUUCACCACGUGAAGAACAAGGAUAAUGUUCCUUCAGCGGUAUUUGCUGGACGAUUGAGCAUGGAUUGCCAGCCGACAGAAGUGGGUGUAGUUCGAAGUGGCUACUGCGCGGUGCGAGCGUCUGUGUCGCAGGAGCUACUACUCCAUGGAUACGAAGGAAUCACAAUGCGAAUUAUGACGGACGGCCGCGAGUACCGCAUGAACAUGCAAAUGGAGAGCUGGAAUCCCUUCAACUUGUACAUGGGUUUUAUCCGGACGCCACCCAAUGAGUGGGUGGAUGUUACCCUGCUAUUUCGCGACUUCUUGUUAACGGCCAAGGGCUUCGUGAAACUCGACGAUGAGACAGAACUCGAUCCUUCCAAGCUCAAAAGCGUCGGCUUUGCAAUUGCUGACCAGAAGGAAGGCGACUUUGAGCUGCGUAUCCAGUGGAUUAAGGCAGUAGCACAGUUAGGGCCGUCAGACAAGGACAAUUACAACGAUGACGACGACGAUGACCGCUACGAUAACUCCAAGAACGCUAAGGACUACUUCCGGAAGCCGGCAGAUUUAGUCAUUUAA